AUGCAACAACUUGAAGCAGAGGGCAAGUUACCAAAAGCGACACCAAAGAAGAAGAGAAGAGUAGAACAAAGUGAAAGUAGUGAAGAUGCAACUAGUGAAAGUAGUGGCAAUGAAGGAAAAAGAAGAGUUAAAAACUCAGUCAGGAAGAAAGUAAAGCUUGGUCCGAGUGGGUUCUAUUAUGACACAUAA